UGUGAAACUUAAAUAAUUUGUUCAUGUAGAUCACAAUUAAUAUCUUUGUUUGUGUAUUGGCGAAGCCCUUUUGUUCGGAUGAAAAUGUACUGUACAAAUGUCAUUGUCGGUCCUUAAAUACAUUUCCGUGUUUUUGUGCUCUCUUACGAGUUUAGAGGGAACAGUCAGGAAAACAAACAGGUCGAACGAAGAAAUAUCAGUAACCGGUCUGUUGAAGAGGUUAUUUCACGGGGAAUGGCUUGUUUUUAUGCAUUUGUUAAUCCAUGCAUGUAGCUUUUUCUACACAUAUUCGUGCUUUCGAAUAUCGUUCGUUUUGACCCAUGCUAGCAGCAGAGUAUGUUGCCGCUUUCUAACAUUUGGUUAGGGUUUAUGGAGCACGUAGUCUAUCCGCUGCGGUGUUGUGUUUUUCAUGUCGGUGUUUAUCAAUUCUAACUCGACGUCCAUAGAUAGACAUUGACCACAUUCCGCUUUAAAUUCGGUGCUAUAAAUUGAUCGCUAUGCAUACGAGGCGUUUGGUGAAGCGUUCAAUCCUGGGGAGCCGGGUGUAUGCGCCGAGUCCGACUGGGGACGGGGCUCCGUUGACAGGACUGGUACAGGCUGUCAAGCAGGAAAACAGAGACGUUUCAACCGGACCUCGGCGUAACGUCUACACGGUACUAAUGCAAGACGGAAGCCUGAAAGAAUUCUCCGAGGACGAGAUAGCCGUGGGCUUCAACCAAACGACGGCGAAAGGACCGCUCAAAUCCAGCUUGAAGCAGAGCUCCAGUAACGGCCGGGGGGACGGGACUCCACACCAGGGCCAGAACGGGGAGGCCAACUCUCUGAGCCCAGAUGCGGUGGAGGGGGAGAGGGCAGUGGAUGGCAGGAGGACAGGGCGCACCUUGGAGGGUCCUGAGAGGGACCACACCCGCUCUGUCUCCCUGCUGGACCAGAAACGUAAGGUGGUGUCAUCCAGCAUCGAUGUGCCCCAUGCCAGGAAGUCAGAGGAGGAAGUGGACAUGGACAAGGUGACAGCUGCAAUGGUUCUGACCAGCCUGUCCAGCAGUCCACUGGUCAGGAGCCCCCCAGUCAAAGUCAGCGAGGGUCUGAAUGGCUCGUGGAAGGAGAGUUGUGGGGGCUUCACCCCCUCCAGUUACAGCAGUAGUGGCUAUUGGAGCUGGAGCGGCCCUAGUGACCAGUCCAACCCGUCCACCCCCUCCCCACCGCUAUCUGCAGACAGCUUCAAGCCCUUCCGCAUGUCCAGCGUCAACGGCCCGCCCCCCGACGACGCCAUCGACGAACAGGAUGGCAGCAGCCUGCUCUUCGACGAGCCAAUCCCACGCAAGCGCAAGAACUCCAUGAAGGUGAUGUUUAAGUGUCUGUGGAAGAACUGUGGGAAGGUUCUGAGCACGGCUGCUGGGAUACAGAGACACAUCCGGACCGUUCACCUGGGGCGUAACUGUGACUCUGACUGCAGUGACGGAGAGGAGGAUUUCUACUACUCGGAGAUCAAACUCAACACAGACUCAGUCGCUGACGGUCUGAGCAGCCUCCCCGUCUCCCCCUCCGUACUCUCCCCCAUCUCUCCCCCCCAUGACCACCACAGACGACCCCCUGCAGAGGGCAGCAACGGGACCAAUGGGAACAAGGAUAAUCACAGCCACACCCACUCCAACAGCACGCCCCUCAGUCGCUCUGCCCCCAGCGCCCUCUACCUCAUCCACGCAGAGCACGCUUACCAGGCCACAGCUCCAGUCACCAUCCCCUUCUCUGGCUCUGCUGCCCCAGGCUCUGCUGCCCCAGGCUCUGCUGCCUCCACCUCCUUCACCCCCAGCAGCAGCUCGACCUUCAGUAUCUCCUGGCAGUCACCUCCUGUCACCUUCACUGGCACUGCUGCAUCUCCCACCCACAGUCGGACACAGAGCUUUGGGGAGCAGCGGUCCCAGACAAUAGCAGUCCUCUCCUCCCCUCCCAGAGCCACUGGCUCACUCAGCCGUAAGUCCCGUGGUGAGGGUAAGAAGUGUCGUAAAGUGUACGGAAUGGAGAACAGGGACAUGUGGUGCACUGCCUGCCGAUGGAAGAAAGCCUGCCAGAGAUUUACCGACUGAACCAACCAAGUAACCGACCAACCGUGAGGGUUCCCCGUGGGAACCAGGGGUGUUGCUUUCUGUUCCCGUCCUACGCAUGCGUUGUCACUCCAAAACCAACGUUGUCACACCCUUCUACAGUCCUGGUCCACUCCACCCCAACCAUAACCCGACCCCUCCUGACCCACCCCAUCAGGACCAAGGGGGUGUAGCCUCCUACUGUUCGGAGUAUAUCCCAAGCUAACUCCAGCUCCCUCCCAAGACUUCCAACCGGGGAACAAAAAUAACCUCGGACCUAAUUGUCAGGUCAGCCAUGAAGGGACCAGAAAAGAGGCAAAUUUUGUUCCAGAACGUCUCAGUAUUUUUAAAAAUUGAGAAUGGGCUUUUUUUUGCUUUGAGAGAAGGUCAAAAUAAAAAGAGAACAGGGAAAAUCAUUGUUUCCCAUGUAGACUCCUUCUUUCCCCACUGGCCUGCUUCUUCUACUGGGUGCUCUGGAUCUCUACAACCACAGGCCCCCCCCUCUCUUCCCCGUCCUCACCCCAGGGAAUGUAUCUUGUGUCUGGACUCGGCAGGGGGAAGAGGGAGGGGUGGAUAGCACCCCCUAGUGGGGUUAAAUGGAUCAAUGCAACAACAGCAAAAAUACAAAUACACAUUCGGGGUGCAGAACAGACCAACCUUGCCAGCAGCAAUGAGCCCUACACCCCAACACUGCAUCACAACCGCAACACAGGACCACACAGUUUUCUAUCUACAUUUUAUAUAUAUAUAUCCAGUUGACUGAAGCUAAAAAGGGUCAUUUUCUUUCAGGGAGUGUUGAUCAAAAGAAAGGAAACAUUUCAAUAUAGUUAUUUACAGUGAGGGUUUUGGUCACAUUUACUUGCAACCAAAAAGUUUAUUUUGUAUUUUUUUUUAUGUGCCAUUUUCCCUAAUGUUGUUAUUUCUCUGUAUCUAUUCUUCUUGGUGUAUUGAAAGCACAAAAAGGACUGUUUUUGCUCACUAAGAACACAAAACAUUACACCCCUCCCACACACUUUGGGGCAAAACAAUCAACCGACUUAAAAUGGGUCUGCAAAUUCUCCUCUUCUUCCAUCCGGAGUUAGUUCAUAUUGCUAACGGUUUGUUUACGGGCGCCAGACUUUACCAAAGCCCGUAGGUCCCCUACAAGAUGGAGGGUAUCCGCUCAAUUUUUCCUUUCCUUUCCAAUACCAAAAGUGAAGCAAGAACUUUUAUUGUAUGUGUGUGACGUGAAUGAACACUUUUAAAGGCAGUAUGUGGCAGUUCCUGUUGGGUCGGGGUGAACAUCUCACUCUCUCUCACCCUACUCACUCUUGUGUUGACCUUUCAGGUCUGAGAGAAUAUUGGUGAAGUAAGCAUGGUAACAUCACCUGUACCAUACUGUGACCGGUCCAGACCUCCUUGUUGGAAAAUGGGAAGCUUUUUGGGAGAUUUCUUUAACUCGGCACACUACACUCACUCCAGUUCGGCCAGCACAUCACUCUAUGGGCUUCAUAAGUAGUAAAAAACUGUGUGAUUGAUGGGUGGCAGAGGCCGGUCCACUGGUGCAGCUACCUGGGUCCCCACCCACUCCACUUCCUCCUGAUGAGACUGGCCACCUGGUUGGCUUGGACGCGGGAGGUUGACUCACUUUGAAAGGGACAUUACUGUACGUGGUAGAUUGUGAACUCUUCUGGAAUCACUCUGUUGUCACCUAGCUAGUUCUCUCUGUCUGUUAGCUCAGACACUCUGGCUGUUCUAAGGCUGCGCACCGCAAGCCUUCUUCCAAAGUGUGGACUUGCACAUUUCCGGUCAUGGAUUUAACAAUGGUGUGAACUCUCUCCUGCCAGUUUUUUACACCAAUCCUAUGCUUUUAAAUCCAUGAAUGGGAGUAUGCACAUUUCGGGACACACCCAGAAACUCUUAUAUGAAGGUCAAUAUAACAAGGUCAAAGAAGUACACACAAGAAAGAAGUCAACACACAGUCCAACACCAGCUAUAUAAACACUAGUAAACCCACUCUGUUCACAACCCAGCUUCCUCCGUACCUCCUCCGGGAUUAUAUAGCCUUUAUUUCUCCCAACCCUUUUCUAUUUUUGUCUUUUUAUCAGAAUGUUUAAGUAGAUGGAGCUCUGAUUUGACUGUUUAUUAAGUUAAAUGUUAUCCACUUUAAAAAUCUAUCCUCCACCCAGUGGACGAGUUCAGUAUAACGCCAAGAAGGGUGACCAUAGUUUAAGUGUUGCAUCAUUCAUUCAAGUGUAGGCUAAACCAAUGUUGUCGACAUGGUAUGGCCUCGGUCGCACAUUCAAAGUCACUGUGCUUUUAAAUCAUGUCAUUGGAGUUUCUGCAAGAUUAAACUAUAUUUAGAUCAGUGAUGGGCACCUGGUGGCCCACUGCCCCCCUUCUGAAGGCCCUCGGAUACAUUUUUGGGGGAACUCAGUCGAGUCUCAACUUACUGUUGAGAGUUAGAAUAGUAGAAUACACCAGGUUCAAUUUCUCUUGUUAUUUCAGUCACUCAAUUAGCCUAUAUCAGCUAAAAUGUUUAGCGGCCAGUUAUCUAGACUUGUUAUCAUGGUGGAAUUACUGGCCGGGGGCCCCUCCAAUGAUUUUGUUAGUCAGUCUCACUCAGAUAUAUCCUAUUAAAUCCUGCAAACAUUUCUCUCCACCCUAUGGCAAAAUGUCUAGAAUUGCAGGAAAUUAGAUGCAAAACAACACAGGACCACACAGUGGUCUUCUCUGGCCCCAUGGCACAUGUCUAGAAUAGCACCAAACUCACAUUAAAAAAAAUCUCUCUCCUCUGUCAAGAAUGUUUUGCUCGCGGUGUGGGGGUAUGGAUGUGUGUACGCAGACCCCCCACCAUCAUCAUCAUCGUUGCCCAUCCCUGACCCAGAUGAUCUAAAACUGCCAUUUUAUUAUGUCAACGGAUUGUUGUUUAAAAAAUACUCAUGUUCACAUGCUUACGGAGGAACCGAUGGAUCUGUCUGUUCUACUGCUAAAGGAACACUGUGGUUAUUGUAACCCUGCAGCUCUUAGGAGAAUACUGUCAGCUUGUUUUGUUACUGUAGGUGAACCCCACAACCUAAUACCCAAAUGCUCGCUCUCUCUCUCUCUGUCUCUCUCACACACACACACUAUAACCCUCUAUAAUAUCUAUCUGCCAGUGUCAUUUAGCAGUUGGAGAAAGACACCUGAUUAAAAACAUUUGUCUUA